AUCAUUUUUUAUAGUGAUUGGAAUCCCCAAAUGGAUCAACAGGCAGAAGGUCAGGCCCAUCGUAUAGGACAGAAAAAGGAAGUCAGGGUUUUUGUACUGGUUAGUGUGGGAUCAAUUGAAGAGGUAAUUUUAGAGCGUGCAAAGCAGAAGAUGGGUAUUGAUGCCAAGGUCAUCCAAGCUGGACUUUUCAAUACAACUUCUACAACUCAAGAUAGAAAAGAGAUGUUGGAGGAAAUCAUGCGUAGAGGAACAAGGUCAUUGGGAACUGAUGUACCAAGUGAGAGAGAGAUCAACCGACUUGCAGCCCGAACUGAUGAGGAGUUCUGGAUGUUUGAGCAAAUGGAUGAGGAGAGGAGAGUAAAGGAGAACUACAGAUCCCGUCUAAUGGAAGAACAUGAGGUACCUGAGUGGGUAUAUUUCGCACUUAAUGCUAAGGAAGACAAGGGCAAACAUUUUGACAGCAAUAAUGGUGACUUGGGGAAGCGGAAAAGAAAGGAAGUGGUUUAUUCUGACACAUUAAGUGAUUUACAGUGGAUGAAGGCUGUGGAAAAUGGAGAAGACAUGGCAAAGUUAUCAAGUAAAAGGAAGGGGAGGGACCAUCUUUCCCCUGAGGGCAAUGAACUGGCUGCUAAUAACUUAGGAGCAGAGAAAAAGCUUAGUGAAUUAAGGAAUGAGAAUGUACCUGCUGCAAGUGAAGGAACAAGUGAAGAAACCUCUGGUUCGGCACGAAAGAGAUUCAAGUCUCAUGGGGGAAUCAUAGAGAAAUCACCUAAGAUACUCAUUUCUGAUGUGGGCAUGCCUGAGACACCCAAACAUCAAGGUGUAGCAAAGGCUGAAGAUUCAACAAGCUCCUGGAAGGGGCAAAUAAUUACAUGGAAUACCCAUAAGAAGAAGAGAUCAUCAAACUAUUCUUUUCCGAGUUCUUCAUCAGAUUCAAGAGGGCAGCAUUCCAAUGGGAGAGGGAAUGGCUUGAUGUAAAUGUUUCAUAAAAAAAAAAAAAAAAACCGAUUAACAGCCCAACACUUGCUUAAUACCUGGCUUCUUUCUGCACAGGAUGCCAGAUGAUCUCUUGAGCUAUAGUUCCAUAUGUUCUGGUAUCUUGUAACAUGCCUUCUACGCAUUUCUGUAGCAAUCUUAUCCUUUUUGGAAUUUGACAUUUUUCAUUCUUUUCUGUUAGAACUUAAUGACCAAUGCAGUCUAACCCGUUUGUAGAUGACUGCUAUGAUACUUGCAGUGUCUUACGUUUAAGGAAUGUUUAAAGCAAUGUAGAAUUCGUAUUCUAAGAUUCU